AUGGAUCACCUUCCCACCACACCCGAACAUGGAUCACUUCCCACCACACCCGAGCAUGGAUCACUUCCCACCACACCCGGAGCAUGGAUCACCUUCCACCACACCCGAGCAUGGAUCACCUUCCACCACACCCGGAGCAUGGAUCACCUUCCCACCACCACACCCGGAGCAUGGAUCACCUUCCCACCACACCCGGAGCAUGGAUCACCUCCCACCACACCUGAGACUUCCCACCCGAGCAUGGAUCACCUUCCCACCACACCCGGAGCAUGGAUCACCUUCCCACCACACCCAGAACAUGGAUCACUUCCCGAGCAUGGAUCACCCCCACCACACCCGGACAUGGAUCACCUUCCCACCACACCCGGAGCAAGGAUCACCUCCCACCACACCUCGGAGCAUGGAUCACCAUUAUCAAGCUUCAAGAACUGCUUCAUGAUAGUC